AGCCGUUUCCAUGAUAACGGUUGCCAGACUGUGAAGCUGUGUCUGUAACAGAGACAUUAUGGCUGGAAAAGGCGGUUUGGCGAAACUGGACGUGGGUGUUUUGAGCGCUGAGCAGCAAGAGCAACUACGGCAGUUUAAGAUCAAGACGAGAGUCGACAACGAGAAGUAUUUGAGGUCGCACCCAGAAGUAGAAGUAUUAAUAAGUGAAUUUCUACGAGAUGUGCUGCUUAAAAGACCUCCUGAAAUCCGUGAGUUUGCAGCAGAUCACUUCACCAACCCAGACCUUCAUGUGGUUAUUGGUUCCAAAAUGGAAGGAAACAGUGACCUGGAGUGAAAUGCACCCAACAGUCACGAUGCUUCUCCUCUGUUGUCUUUCUCCGUACUGAGCAACAUAUGUGUGGACUCUGUUUUAGUAAUAACAACGACACCGAUACGUUUGUGUCAGCCCACAAGUUGUACAGUUAACAGCAUUAUUGUCAGAUUGCCAUCAUCCCUAUGCAGGAAGACAGCUAAUAAGGGAGAUGGCAACGGCUGUUCCUAAUGAGUGUGAUUAAAGGUUAAUGAAAAGAGGAUGCCCUGUGGGUAUUACGCAUACUGUACACUGUGCUGUUUGUCACAUCACCAACAUGGUUGUGAAGGUGACAUGGUGAAGGCUGGAAUUGGUGUUCACUGCUUGCAACUACCCUUUCCACCAGAAAGAGUCUUUUUGGUCUGCACAGCUGGCCCAGUUGUUGAGUGGACAUACUGUAGUCUACACUGACCUGGAUAUAGGCUCAACUACACGGACAAAAGAUAAUAUUUACUUCACUUGUUUAUUUUAUGAUGAAGCUGGAAACAGUUUUUCUCUAA